UCUUCGCCGUCGCCAUUUUUCCGCCAUAUUAUUUUCAGACUCGUUGGCUUCUUUCGAGUUUGGAUAACGUUAUAAAAAUAAGACAUAGUUAAUGCUUAGUUUCAAAUUUCUUUUUAUAACUAAGAAAGUAGAAGAAUUGAGGAUAUUAGAUCAUAUUUUGUUCACAUUGAAUCGAAAAUUUAAUAAUGUCGGCUCACGAGCAAAUGAGGGCAAUGUUGGAUCAAUUGAUGGGUACAGCUCGCAAUGGCGAAACAGACAAACAUGGGGUUAAAUUUUACGACGAUUCAGUAUGCAAAUCAUUUUUACUGCAAUGCUGUCCUCACGAAAUAUUGUCUUCAACGCGAAUGGAUCUAGGUGAGUGUCCUAAAAUACAUGAUCUGGCGCUUCGUGCGGACUUUGAGUUAGCAUCGAAAACCAAAGACUAUUUCUAUGACAUUGAUGCGACGGAGCAUUUGGAGGCGUUCAUCGCGGAUUGUGACAAGCGCACGGCGGCGGCGAAGCAGCGGCUGGCGGAGACACAGGAGGAGUUGUCGGCCGAGGUGACGGAGAAAGCAAACGCGGUGCACGAGCUCGCCGAGCAGAUCGGACAGAAACUUGCUCGUGCUGAGGCGCUCGGCGAGGAGGGCAUGGUCGAAGAGAGUGUCAAACUUAUGGGAGAG